AUGGGAAUCUCUAGUAAAUUCUUGUACCUGGCUCUUUUUGUCUUGAGCAUUGCUAGUGCUUUGAAUGGCAUUGAUUAUGGAGGUGAUAUGGGUGAUGAAAGCAACUAUGGUGGCCGAAGUGGAUGGAAGUCUGACAACGAUGAUAACAGUGAUAAUUGCUAUAAAAAUUGGCGAAGUUGUGGAAGCUUUUUCGGGAAUGGUAGAGAUUUUAGCACCCAAGGUAAAGGGGGUAGUCAUGGUAGUGGUGGUGAUAGUGGUGGAGGAGGAGGAGGAGGUGGUGGUGAUGCUAGUGUAGGAGGAGGAGGCGGCGGCGGAGAUGGUGGAGGUGGUGGAGGUGUAAGUGGUGGGUUUGGUCAUGGUAAAGGCUAUGGAUUUGGGGCUGGUGUUGGCGAAAAUGGUGGUGCCGGUGGAGGAGGAGGAGGAGAGGGUGGCGGUGGAGGAAAAAUGGUCAGUGGAGGAUUUGGUCAUGGAAGUGGAUAUGGUGCUGGAGAGGGUAUUGGAGGUGGAGGUAAUGCAAGUGGUGAUAUUGGUGGUGGGGGAGGAGGAGGAGAGGGAGGUGAUAGUAAUGGUAAUGGUAAUGGUGAAGGAUUUGGACAUGGUGAAGGCAGUGGUUUUGGAGUUGGUGGGGGCAAAGCAGCGCCUACAGGACAAGGUGGUUACAAGGGUCAUAAUAGCAACAAUGGCGUUGGCAUGGGAUUUGGAUUUGGCAUUGGCUUUGGGUUUGGUAUUGGAAAUGUUGAAGGAAAUGAUUCAAACGAUAGUGAUAAUGGCAAUCCUUAA